AUGGCACCUCAACUGAACUAUGUUUUCACGAUGCGCGCUUACCUCUCCAGAGAGAAUAGCUUCACAAUCCCUAAGAUUAAGGACGGACCAUCGCGCGUCAUCCUUCCCAUCACACACGGAUUCAUAGAAGGCUCAGGUAUAAAAGCAACAAUUAUACCAGGCGGUGGGGAUUGGAUUUUGAUGGAUCCCUCUACAAACGUAUGCCAUCUUAAUGUGCGCACGCAAGCACGUACCAGCGAUGGAAAGCACAACAUCUAUGUCCAUUAUCCCGGAGUUCUCAGAGUGGACGAAGCAGGCGGUAAAGUGAUGGGGUGGGCUUCGGAUGCCAAAUCCACGCAGUAUGGUGACCAUGACUGGUUCGCAUCACCUGUCAUUGAGACGGACGACCCUGCUUGUAAAUGGGUCGAAACUAGUUUGUUCGUGGGACAAGGUCGGUAUGUUAUCGAUGAUGAUGGCUCCGCGGUCGAGUAUCAAAUUUUCAAGGUGGGAAAUUAG